AUGAUCGUGGACCACCUCCUCACACGGACUGGUGUCCGCUCCUUGGGCCUUGUCCUAGCAGGCGUCGUUCCCCUCGCCUCCUCCUACCUCAUUUACAUCCUCGCCUACAACGAAACCCCCGUCGAUACCCUCAUCAACCAACUCCCCUUCAUGCUCCAACUCCUCCGGGCCAACUCUUCUUCCUCCUUCUCUUCUUCCUCUAUACUUUUCCACAACAACAACAUCUCCCCAAGAGACAGCCUCCUGCCAUCCAUCCCUUUUGAUUCCGCCGCAGUCCCUGCAACAACAACCAUCUCUUCCGUCGUCGCUGCUGCUGCUGCUACUGUUGUCAGCGCAACCGAAUCAUCAUCAACAACAACAGAACAGCCCAUUCCUGGAUCAAAUUUGCCAGUACUGAGCAGUAGUAUCGUCGCCCUAGUCCAAUUCCUCGACACCCACGGAUACAAGGACAUCCACCAAUUGCCCGGAUACCAGUACUGGAUUGCCCUGCAGCCUCUCAAGGAGCACUUGAGUCCUGUUUUGAAUUUCAUUUCGUCUCACCAGACCUUGGCCUGGAUCCUGACGGGUCUUCACCUCUGGAUGGCGGCCGAGCUGGUCUUUUAUUUCAUGUUCUGGAAGAAGCUUGCUAGGUUGCAGGAGGUCGAUCGGGUUGUGAAGGGUGUUGGAGCCAAGGCCAAGAGGAGGGAGUUGUUUGAGAGGUGUUUGGAGACUGUGGAGGAAGGCGAGGGAGUUAAGCGAUGGAUUGAGGUCUGGUUUGAUACGGGACGGACUAAGCAGCCCGCCAAGUUUGAGGAUAUUGGACGGGCCAAUAUGGUCACCUGGAUGGCAUGGGCAUUCUGGGCAGCACCACUAGAGGAAGUGGCUCAGUCCCCAGCAGCGAUUAUUGAGUUGAACGAGAUGAUCGAUACCAUCGAAGAGGUCAAGAAAAUCAAGUUCACGGAAGGAUACAACCCUAACGUCGAAUGCAUCCGUCUGUCUCUGGACCCUGUCAUCGCCUCCCAUCGCCCAUUGAUUUACUACACUUUGAUUUGGUCGGCAAACGCUUUUACGAGGAUCGUGUUCUUGUCACUUGGAUUCACGAGAUACAGCGGGACUCUGGAUCAGACACACCCCUUAGAACAACAAACAAAGUUCAAACCCAAGCACCGGAAGUCCUCCUCCUUCCCUUCACCAGGCGCGAUCGCCGCCGAGAACCGCCCACCCGGCGAUCUCGCCUAUUGGUACCGCACUCCCGCCAAACCUCAAAACCCUAUCCCCCUCGUCUUCAUCCACGGCAUUGGCGUCGGUCUUGUCCAGUAUAUCCACUUGGUUGUCGCAUUGACGUUCAUUUCGAGACCGCUGAUCUUGGUCGAGGUACCGGAGGUGUCGAGCCAGUUGGUCCAGGCUGAGUGUAUGACGCCCGACGAUACUUACUUCGUGAUUGAAAGGAUCUUGAAGAUUCAUAAACACCCCAAGGCGACCUUUUUGGGUCAUUCGCUGGGAACCAUGCUCUGUGCAGCCGUCUGUCGCGCCUCCCCGGCCUCGUCCCCGAAAUCGAUCGUUCACGGCCUGAUCCUGACCGACCCAAUCUGUUUCCUGACCCACCACUCGAUCGCCCACAAUUUCGCAUACCGCACACCCGCGACUGCAAGUGAACUGGUCAUUGAUCUCUUUGCCGCUCGCGAGAUUGGGACCUCAUGGUUUAUUAUGCGCCGAUUCUGUUGGACCGAGAGUAUCAUCUUCCCGAUUGCUUGGUCCAAAAGGCAUCAGAAGCCUCUUGUCUGCCAGGGGAAGCUGUCACCGGUGCUGCCGCAGAGGACGAGGGUGUUCUUGUCGAGUAAUGAUAACUUGAUGGAUAUGAGUAAGGUUGCUGAGUAUUUGAGGACCAUGGUUGGGUUGGAGGAAGGGACGGAGAAGGAUGAGCUUGUGAUAAUGGAUGGGUUGGAUCAUGCGCAGUUGUUGAUGAGACCCGAGUGGUUCUCUCGGAUCCUGAAGGCUGCUCGCGAGUGCUAG